CACUCUCUCUCCUCCACUCUCCGAAACUCAAAACACGCAACAUACUGCUAACGCAUACCAUUUUUCUCUCUAUCUAAAAAUGGAAGGAGUGACAGUGAAGGAAGAAGAGGUGACAGUGAUAUCCUACACCCCCGCGCCGGGCUCGUCGUCCUCAUCAACCUUAUCGUCGUCGUCGCCGCUGCCAAUGGAGGGGAUUCACGAGGUGGGGCCGCCCCCGUUCCUGACCAAGACGUUCGACAUGGUGGAAGACCCGUCCACCGAUGCGGUGGUGUCGUGGAGCAGAGCCAGGAACAGCUUCGUCGUCUGGGACUCUCAUCGGCUUUCCACCACUCUGCUCCCUAGGUACUUCAAGCACAGCAACUUCUCCAGCUUCGUUCGCCAGCUCAACACAUAUGGUUUCAGGAAAGUUGAUCCAGACAGGUGGGAAUUCGCAAAUGAAGGAUUUUUGGGAGGGCAGAAGCACCUCCUGAAAACAAUCAAAAGGAGAAGAAAUCCCUCACAAAACAUGCAACAAGAAGGAGGCGGCGGCGUUUGUGUGGGAUUAGGUCAAUAUGGAUUGGAAGAAGAGCUGGAAACACUAAGGAAGGAUCGAAACGUACUGAUGCCAGAAAUCAUAGAGCUCAGACAGCACCAGCAGAAUUCGAGGGACAAGAUAAUUGCAAUGGAGGAACGAAUUCGAAGCACAGAGAGGAAGCCGCAACAGAUAAUGAGCUUCCUCGCGAAAGCCCUACAUAGUCCUUCCUUUUUCCAGCAAUAUUUGGAUAAGUACGCGGAGGGAAGAGAGCAACAAGGAAUUGAGAGCCCACGAAAGAGGAGACUAACAAUGAGCCCAAGUGUGGAAAGUCUUUUUUCAAACCAGGAGGAAGAAGAGUUGGGAAAUAUUGAGCCAGAGACAGUGAUGGAAACGUUGUUUUCGGCUGCGUUGGACGAGGACUCAAGUAGUGAAAUUGUGAACCCGAACAUCGAAACUAUCCCAAUAAGUAGUGGUACCGGUUUGGAUUAUGGUGGUGAGAUCAUAUGGGAAGAUUUUCUUGCUGAAGAUGUUUUAGGUGGAAAUGAGGAGGGGGAAGUUUUGGUGGGUGAUGAAUCAGGAGUUGAUGUGGAAGUAGAGGACUUGGCAGCGGACCCUCUCGCUUGGCUUUAGCUUGAAAUUUUAAGUUCGUGAUAAGUUUGGCCUCGCUUGGCUCGAGCUUGAAAUUUUAAGUUCGUGAUAAGUUUGGCUUGACUCGUGAAAUAUGCAAGUCAAUUUUGUGAUCAUGCUGAGACUGAGUACGUGGAAAAACAUCCAACUAUGGAGUAUCUUGGAUUCUUGAUAUCCUUACAGGAUUUUCUAA